UCGUGAUUUAAGAUGAAAACACAGCAGAAAGGAAUAUAUUAUUUAAUGCCAUCUAUGACGUGGCUAUGAAUUGAAGAUUUUCGAAGGGACGACUACAAUCAAUUAUCGAAAUAAGCUCCUGUGUUUUGCGGUUUAAGAAAAGAAUGUUUUCAAAGAUUUUACUAUAUAGGCAUUUAGAAAAACUUCAGACCCGUGGGGUGGGACCACUUUUGACCUCAGUGACAUUACAAUACCGAAAAGUGUUGCUUUGUAUUGAAUAAGAUCUAAUGGCAAAACAAUGGCCUCUUAUCGAGAAUUUUUAAAGGAGAAGGACGCCCAGAACUGGAUAAAGGCCGCCCUCGCCCUCAAAAUCACCAAGGACGGAUUACAAGAUUUUCUGGAGGACGUUCUGACAUGCGUUCACCAGGACAUCUAUAGCACUGUUAGAACAUCCAAGGGUCUUCCAUCCGGGGCAGCAUGUGCACAUUGUUUCACACAAAACGUGUUGAAGUGCCCAACUCGUGGGAUAUGCACCAGUACUAGAAACUGUAGAUUUCAUCCUCAAAAACUGUACGCUCCUUGUCCAAAUGGGAUUUGUGAAGGCGUCCGUGAUGAAAUAGUCAAACAUCACAGGUUUUCGGGACCAUCAUGGAAGAAUACGAAUGCCGACAAAUGGAGCACCAUUCCCUGGGAGAUAGGCAAGUGUUUCCUGCCUCCUGAUGGCUACAAGACCGUGUCCUCCAUCAAAGACAGUGACUUUCACGGAGUGAUCAGCGUCAUGAUAAAUUGCGAGGAUUUCAAAACCAAACUGUCGUUUAACGUUGCGACACAGCAAAAUUUAUUAACAGAGGUUCGGGACAUUGGUCGACGCGUAUGCCUAUCCAAUGACCAGAGGGUCAAGGACACAGAAUUAGUGGACUUCCUGUUCAAGCUUCGCACCCUGCUCGAGGAUAAGAUUGAACUAGCAAAUCGUCCCGAGGCACAGCAUGCCGUGGAACAGCUUAAGAAGCUGCAAACAGACGAUUUCAAUAUCAGUGGUGAAAACGAAGGGGAGAUAUUGAAGGAAGGAUUACGACUACGUUUGGCAAACCAUUACCGAACCACCUUGGCCGACAUGCCGAUAUCUCCCAUUCUCGGAGAAAAGAACGCCAAACUCAACAAACUCUACGUGGCACCGAAAAUUGUGGAGAAAGAUCAUCGAAAAAUCGGCAAAAUUGACGACAAAGAAAGCGGUCAAAAUAUUGCAAAAUUUUCAGAUGUUUUCUUAAAAGAAGAUCAAUUGCUCAGAAAUGUUUUCCUUGUUGGAGAACCGGGCAAUGGCAAAUCCACAUUCUCCAUAAUGUGUGCCCUGGAUUGGACUCACCAGUAUUUACCAGUGGAGGAAAACGUCGGUAUUAAAACGAGCUUUGCUGACCCAGAUUUCUUCAAAAAGUUUGCAUUUUUGUUUCAUGUCACCCUACGAGAUUCAGGUAAAACGUGUGAUCUAGCAGAAAUGAUCAAGGAUCAACUUGUACGUAAAAUCUACCACGAGAUGGAUGCCGAUGAUGGCUUCCGGCUAUUGCAGACGGUGCUGGAAAGUGAAACAUGUUUAAUCAUAGCUGAAGGCCUCGACGAAUGGACCCAUCCGGAAAACGUAAACUGUACCUGCAAAACUGAGGAAAAAGUCACCCCUUUCCGAAAUUCGGCCAACAAGGCCACACUCCUCACGACAACGCGUCCCUGGCGAAUGUCACAGUUUAGAGUGCAGGAUUCAAAGAUCGACAAAUAUCUUGAAAUAGAAGGAGCAGCAGACACAUGGCAACUCGUGGAAAAUAUCAUCAACAUUCUUAAUGAGGGAAAUAAGGAUGAACGGACACCAAAGGAUUUCAUGGAAAUGGUGUCAGAGAAGAAUCUUAAAGGAUUAUUGAAAGGAUUAUUGACAGCACCUAUCAGUAUCACCCAGCUCGUGUGCCUGUGGUUCGAGGGCAAAUCGUUAACCGAUUCAAAGUGUGACAUUUAUGCUGGCGUGAUAAACAUGCUAUCAUGUAGACUAAUAUAUAUGCAAAGCGGGCAUAACAUUCCGGAAAUUGAACUGCCAUCUGUAUUAAAGGAACAUGAAUGCUUCACGCAAAAUCCCAUGGUUUACCUUGCGUUGGCAAAGUUAGCAUACACAACUUUGUUUUCAGAGUGCAGAGAUUUGUCUGUUGUUUUCAGCAACAAAACAGUCAACGCUUUUUUAAGCAGGAAGCAGGUUGAAUUUGCAUUGAAGUCAGGCUUACUCACGGAGAAGAAAUCCAACUCAUUGAUCAAGAAAUCAUCUCACUUUUCAUUCUUUCAUAAAACACUUCAAGAGUUUUUAGCGGCUCUUCAUUUAUGUUUGAAUGAAAACGACUUCAGUCAGCUAUUAAACAAGUACGAACACGAUAAUAAGGAAAAUAUCUUGGGAGAUGUUUCUCAGACAUUUAUUUUCAUAUGUGGAAUGAAGCCCGAGCUCGGUGUACAAAUGUCUUCAUGUAUCAAUUGUUCUAUACCACCCUUCCAACCAUCAAUCGACAGUAGAGAGGCUAAACUACUUCAGCGCCUGAUUCUCUCCGGGAACCGUGAAGCCAAGGCGAACAACUAUGGUGACAUACCGCUCUAUCUCACACACUUCUGGAUUCAUAGAAACAAGGAUGUCGUAGUGUUAAAAAAGCUGAUGAUGAUAAACAAGGAACGUAUUCAGUCACUAGACAUCUAUGAAUGCAAUGAUCAAAUUAACGGGGAAGAGGUGCAGGAGGUGAUCACAUCCUCCUCCGACUCCCUCAAAGCAGUGACACUGUUGUUCCGUGAUGGGCAGUAUGACCUGUCCCAGUGUCACAGGCUGGAAUAUCUGUAUAUAGGGGGAGACAAUACAACACGUGUGCAGGUUGAUCCAACACAUAUUACAACAUGUGUCUUAGAUAAUGUAUCAUCGAAUGUUGAAAUGUACAUAUUUAGAUUAUUUAAACACGAUCAAAGGUGGAGUAAACUACAACGUGUUGAUUUAGUUAGCGUUAUGAAUGUCCAGUUACUUGUGGAUACACUACCAAGUCUCCCUCCGUUACAACGCCUUGACAUAUGGCAAACAGAUCUAGGUGAGCUCCACCUCCUCCCUCCAGCCUCCAUCACCGAUAUUUCACUUGUGUGGGUGACAAUGACAGCGGGGGCGGUGCGGAGUCUGAUAGAGACGAUGAAGAACAUACCACACACCAUUACAUGCAAGUUGAAGUACUGCACGGUGGAACCUGCCAGUGAGAUGAAAGACAUCCGAGAACAUAUGGACAGUUCGCCGUCAUUCGAGGUUCUCUACGUUAACAAUACGAGUGGAUGGCUUCAUUUCAAAUUCUAUCUGAGUAUAUUCGGACACAAUACAGUACAGCUGCAAACAGACGAUUUCAAGAUCAGUGGUGAAAACGAAGGGGAGAUAUCGAAGGAAGGAUUACGACUACGUUUGGCAAACCAUUACCGAACCACCUUGGCCGACAUGCCGAUAUCUCCCAUUCUCGGAGAAAAGAACGCCAAACUCAGGAAAUUCUACGUGGCACCGAAAAUUGUGGAGAAAGAUCAUCGAAAAAUCGGCAAAAUUGACAACAAAGAAAGCGGUCAAAAUAUUGCAAAAUUUUCAGAUGUUUUCUUAAAAGAAGAUCAAUUGCUCAGAAAUGUUUUCCUUGUUGGAGAACCGGGCAAUGGCAAAUCCACAUUCUCCAUAAUGUGUGCCCUGGAUUGGACUCACCAGUAUUUACCAGCGGAGGAAAACGUCGGUAUUAAAACAAGCUUUGCUGACCCAGAUUUCUUCAAAGAGUUUGCAUUUUUGUUUCAUGUCACCCUACGAGAUUCAGGUAAAACGUGUGAUCUAGCAGAAAUGAUCAAGGAUCAACUUAUACGUAAAAUCUACAACGAGAAGGAUGCCGAUGAUGGCUACCGGCUAUCGCAGACGGUGCUGGAAAGUGAAACAUGUUUAAUCAUAGCUGACGGCCUCGACGAAUGGACCCAUCCGGAAAACGUAAACUGUACCUGCAAAACUGAGGAAAAAGUCACCCCUUUCCGAAGUUUGGCCAACAAGGCCACACUCCUCACGACAACGCGUCCCUGGCGAAUGUCACAGUUUAGAGUGCAGGAUUCAAAGAUCGACAAAUAUCUUGAAAUAGAAGGAGCAGCAGACACAAGGCAACUCGUGGAAAAUAUCAUCAACAUUCUUAAUGAGGGAAAUAAGGAUGAACGGACACCAAAGGCUUUCAUGAAAAUGGUGUCAGCGAAGGGUCUUAAAGGAUUAUUGUCAGCACCUAUCAGUAUCACCCAACUCGUGUGCCUGUGGUUCGAGGGCAAAUCGUUAACCGAUUCAAAAUGUGACAUUUAUGCUGGCGUGAUAAACAUGCUAUCAUGUCGACUUAGUGAUAUGCAAAGCGGGAAUAAAAUUCCGAAAAUUGAACUGCCAUCUGUAUUAAAGGAACACGAAUGCUUCAUGCGAAAUCCCAUGGUUUACCUUGCGCUGGCAAAGUUAGCAUACACAACUUUGUAUUCAGAGUGCAGAGAUUCAUCUGUUGUUUUCAGCGACAAAACAGUCAACGCUUUGUUAAGCAGGGAGCAGGUUGAAUUUGCAUUGAAGUCUGGCUUACUCACGGAGAAGAAAUCCAACUCAUUGAUCAAGAGAUCAUCUCACUUUUCAUUCUUUCAUAAAACACUUCAAGAGUUUUUAGCGGCUCUUCAUUUAUGUUUAAAUGAAAACGACUUCAGUCAGCUAUCAAACAAGUACGAACAAGAUAAUAAGGAAAAUAUCUUGGGAGAUGUUUCUCAGACAUUUAUUUUCAUAUGUGGAAUGAAGCCCGAGCUCGGUGUGCAAAUGUCUUCAUGGGUCAAUAGUUCUAUACCAGACAUGCCUUCAUGGAUCAAUAGUUCUAUACAACCAUACCAACCAUCAAUCGACAGUAGAGAGGCUUCUCUACUUCAGCGCCUGAUUCUCUCCGGGCACCGUGAAGCCAAGGCGAACAACUAUGGUGACAUACCGCUCUAUCUCGCACACUUCAUGAUUACGAACAACUAUGGUGACAUGUCGCUCUAUAUCUCACACUUUCGUAUUGAUGGUUACCAGGAUGCCGUAGAGUUAAAAAAGCUGAUGAUGAUAAACAAGGAACGUAUUCAGUCACUAGACAUCUAUGAAUGCAAUGAUCAAAUUAACGGGGAAGAGGUGCAGGAGGUGAUCACAUCCUCCUCCGACUUCCUCAAAGCAGUGACACUGUUGUACCGUGAUGGGCAGUAUGACCUGUCCCAGUGUCACAGGCUAGAAUAUCUGCGUAUAGAGGGAAACAAUACAACACGUGUGCAGGUUGAUCCAACACAUAUUACAACAUGUUACUUAUCUGGUGUAUCAUCGAAUGUUGAAAUGUACAUAUUUAGAUUAUUUAAAGACGAUCAAAGGUGGAGUAAACUACAACAUGUUGUGUUAACUAUAGUUAAGAAUGUCCAGUUACUUGUGGAUACACUACCAAGUCUCCCUCAGUUACAAAGCCUUGUCAUACAUAGUACAGAUAUAGGUGAGCUCCACCUCCUCCCUCCAGCCUCCAUCACCGAUAUUACACUUUACUGGGUGAAAAUGACAGCGGAGGCGGUGCGGAGUCUGAUAGAGACGAUGCAGAACAUACCACACACCAUUACAUGCUACAUGGAGUGGUGCAAGGUGAAACCUGCCAGGGAGAUGAAAGACAUCCGAGAACAUAUGAACAGUUCGCCGUCUUUCGAGGUUCUCAAAUUUAAAUAUACGAGUAGAGGGCUUAAUUUCAAAUUCACCAAAAUGUGAACUAUAAGUUAAAUGUUAGCAUCGAUUAUGGGAAUUCAUGUUCGAUGAAAAACAGUGAAACAAUCAAUGGGGAAGUGCCAUUCUAUGUAUAUAUAUAUAUAUAUAUAUAUAUAUAUAUAUGUAACUUUUCCAGGAACUAAUUAUUAUCAACUACUUUCUAUGUGUAUUCAGUUAAUUUGAUCUAUGUUGUGUAUUUACAUGCAUCCUAAAAUAGAUUUAACUUUACACAGCAAUGUCGUUGAGGCAGGUGUUAUUAAAUAUAUCGAACUUGGAUAGAAAUUUUCUUUUUUAAUUAUAACACAACAGUCCGUAAUCAACACGUGCGAUAGUCGGUUUAACUUGAUCGACUUUUUUAAAAAAGAAUCCCUUAAUAAAUCAACUAAUUUCCUAGUUUAAUGUGAUAUGAUUUGAUAAAUGUUAAGUACUUACUUCGCUUAGAGAUUAUUUAUUGAUGUGGAAUAUUUAACUUAUUUCUUUAUUCACAAUGGCAUUCUAGCUCGGCUGUUUUUUAUAUUCUGUAUUAUAGAAAUAUAUCAAUAACACGUUGACUUUUUUAAUUUUGAUGAUCUAUUACAUAAAUUUCACAUUAUUAUAAUGCUAUCUACAAAACUAUGAUAUCAUUUAUGCACCAGUCAAUUGUAACCACGGCCCUCAGGUCCGGGGGUAUACCGGGUAAAGGCGGGGAAAUUGGCCGUGUUUUUACCUUCCAGGUGGCCCUGCAGUGCCGUGUGAGUGCGGUGGUUUUGUCUUCGCGCCAAAUAUAGCGAGGAAUUGGCCUUACCUAGGGUCCCUGGGGUGCGAGGGCAUUAAACGGGGAUCUUACCAGCAAUUCUUCCCCGCAGGACGGGGAUUUCACCCGGGCUUGGCAGGAACGAAAGUCCCAAGUUCCCGCUAUUUUCCGGACCUGGAGGAGAGGCGUGGUUAUAAUUGACUGGUGCAUUAUCAACAAAUGCUUCAAAAGAAAUACCCAAACAAUAAACACUAAAUUUAGUUACCUAAAUAAUAGAAUAUACAAUGGCCUAUUAUUAAACAUGUCACACAAUUGGAGUA